UCGCAAGCCCAGCCCUUAUAAACUCACUCCUGUCUGGUUCUUAGUCAUACUGAGUGAACAUGGAUAUACAAUCUGAAGGAAAUAAGGUGCGUAUUAUCCUGGUUGGGAUAACAGGAUGUGGGAAGAGUGCCACAGGAAAUACCAUCCUUGGAAAGGAGGUUUUUCACAAAGAAUCAAGCUCCAAGUCAGUGACCAGGCAGUGUAAGAAAGCUACUGAAAUUGUUGGUGAUAAAGAAAUCACAGUGGUGGACACUCCUGGAUGGUGUGAUACGGAGCUAUCUGAUAAAGAGCUUAAGGAGGAAGCAGCCAAGUGCAUCGACCUGGCCUACCCUGGACCUCAUGUCUUUCUACUUGUGUUAAGGAUUGGUCGUUUCACAAAUGAAGAGAAAAAAACUGUCCAGAAAAUACGGGAGGUCUUUGUUGGAGAUUCCAAUAAAUACACAAUGAUCCUGUUCACAAGAGGAGACGAUCUGGAUGAAAACAAACGUAUUAAUGACUAUGUAAGUGAGGCUACACCAGCUCUUAAAGCUUUAGUUGAUGAGUGUGGGGGCAGAUAUCAUGUUUUCAACAAUAAAGAUAAAAACCGUAAACAAGUAUCAACACUCCUCAAGAAGAUCCAAGAUAUGGUGAGAAACAACAACGGGCAGUGCUUUUCUAACACGACAUACCAACUAUUACAAAAAUACAUACCAAAAGAAGCCGGGUUAAAUGAGCAAAUCCAAGCUGCUGAGAGGGAGAAACGAUUCGUAUUAGUGAACGAGAGGAAUAAACACUACAGGCAGAGAGAAGCAGAGCUAAAGGAACAACUAAAACAACAACAAGAACAAGUCAGAAAAUUGAUUGACCAGUUUACAAUGAUGUCUGCAAAUAAGCAAAAGGAAGAAGAAAGCAGAAACAAUAAGCAAAUGAAAGAAGAAUUAAUAGCUGAACUAAAACAGAAGCUGGAAAAAAAGAUUGCUGAAAGGGAAGCAAUGUAUAAAUCUCAACAAGAAAGCUGGAGUUGCUGUAUUUCAUGAAAGCCUUGUUAAUCUAGAGGUCUCUUAAAAGUUUUUCAGAAUUACUCAUAAUGUAUCUCAAUGAUAAAAUGAUUUUGGAUUUUAAAAACACUUACUAUCAAAUCAAUUCACGCUUUUAAAAACACAUUAUAUUGUCUCUUUAAUUCUGUCUGCUGCAUGAUUUAAAACCUUGAAAAAAAUCUGUAUAACUGUUCAGUAAAUCAUCAGACAAAAUUGUGUUUCUUAUAUUUCUUGUAGCGACUUUCAUCCUGCAAAAACAUUGCUCUUUAGUGGGGACGACUCUUACUUUUAAAGCAAAAUACAUUCAGAUUUCAUAUUUUCUAAUAAAUAAAACCUUUAACAAUGUAUAUGUAAAUAUAAAAUAAAUACAAUUUAA